UGUGUGUGUGUCCUGAUCAGAUGACGUGUGCUUGCAGUCCCCCCCCUAUAUCAUCUGGUCCAGAUGUGAGCUCCCAGUUGCAGACAACUCACUUCCAGAGCAGACUGUCACUUCUGGGAUCCAGACGCAAUCAAUUGCAGACAUGAACACUAAAUUCGCCAUCGCCCUGAUCCUGGCUCUGCAGGUCUCCAUGAGCCUUUGCGACGUUCCCCAGCCAGAGCAGGAGCUUGUGGAUAAAUACAACAGCCUGAAGGGCGCCUUCUAUCAGCGUCUGGUGAACGCUUACGGCAAGGUUUACGCCGCCGCCGCCCCCGUCAUUAGCGAAGUGGGACAAACCGCUCAAGGCCAGGAGGCCAAAGAGUUAAUGGAGAGUCUGCAGGACAAGCCCCAGCUCCAGGCCAUCAUCAAAGUCGGCAGCGGCUUAGUUGAAGAGUUCAGCCCCCUGGUGGACAAAGCCCGCAAAUCCGCUCUGGGCGUGUACGGACACUACCUGCGCCCAUACAUUGGCCAGUACCUGGACAACGCCAUCAAAAACAUCAGAGUUCACCUGGAUACGUUCCUGCCUGCCCAGUAAAAAAAAAACAAAAAAAAAAAACAAGGUGCGAUUUUUUUCAGAGGCCUGAUGGAGACCGCGCAGCGCUUCAAACCCGGGGGGGAGUACCGAGCAUUGUCUGUUUUUU